AUGUGGGUAUCUCCUUACGUGACUUCUGAGGUGCCCACCAUCAACAUGGCGACAUCGAAACAGAGUGAGAGCUUGACCGUGGAGUUCACGCAGGUGUCCGGUGCCACUUCCUACAUCCUGCGUGCCGAGACCGCCGACAUGUCCUUCUUCUACGAAACCGAGGUGUCCUCUUCCCCUGGGACCGUGCUCAACCUUCAGGCCUACACCGACUACACUCUCAGUGUCAUGUCCAUCAACAGCGGAGGCAGGAGCCAGCCUUCCCUCCCUGUGGUAGCAAAGACAGUGGUUGCUGCGCCCAAGCUCAACUCCACCUCUCCCAGCAAUGACACCAUUGUGGUGGGGUGGGAGCCUGUGGACCACGUUUUCCUGUACACCAUUAGCAUCAUCAUGGAGGGCUCAGACAGCAGGGUGAAGCUCAACACCACUGACACCAGCGUGACCUUCUCUGGCCUGGAGGCUGGGACUACCUAUUGCAUCAAGGGCAACGCCUGGGAUCCCGAGAAAAGACAGGGAGAUGACUUCACCGUCUGCCAGAUCACACGUCCAUGCAUCCCUGUGCUCACUGAGUUGGAGGUGAGGAUGGUGGGCUCUGAGGCCGGUCUGUCUGUGUCCUGGGCUCCAUCACAGGGGGCGGGGGAGUACCUGGCCUUCAGCUCAGAGGGGCUGAACUGUACCUCUACCACCGGCGCCUGCACCCUGGCCCCCGUGGGGUGUGGCCAGAGACACACCGUCACCGUGACAGCCAUCAACGAGGGAGGACCCAGCAUCCCUUCUGCUCCCGAGGAGUUCAUCACCUUCCCCUGCCCACCAGAGCCCCUGCGUGUGGAGGAGACCAAGGCAGGUAAUUGCUCUGUGUUGUGGGACGCCAUACCCUACACCGACACCUACGUGGCCUUCAUCAAGAGGGAUGAUGGUCAGGAGGAGAGGUGCAACACCAGCUCCACCAGCUGUAACUAUCACUGCCAGUGUGGAUACACCUACCUGAUGACUGUGUUCGCCUUCAGCCUGGCUGGAUCCAGCCCACCGGGCCCCGUGCUCAACUACACCACCUUACCCUGUUGUCCCGAGGAUGUGUUCAUCUCCCUGGCCUCCCCCGGCACCCUGGAGAUCAUGUGGUCAGCAGUGCGUGGGGCUGAGGUGUACGAGACGCGGGCGGUGGAAGGGUCAGAGGUCAUCCUGUGUAACGACACGGCACCAGUGUGCGCUCUCUCCGACCUCACCUGUAACAGCCCCUACAGUGUGGUGGUGAUCCCCUGUAAUGAGAUUAGAGGGUGUAACCACACCUGCAGAUCACACACUAAGGAGACAGCUCCCUGUAUGCCAGAGAUCCUGAAUGUGACCCAGAUCAACACCACCAGUGUCAAAGUCAGCUUUAGUACUCCCAACAGAGCAGGUACCACCUACAAAGUGAGCGUAGUGGCCCAGGACAACAGAAACACCUGCACUUCCAGAGGAACGUCCUGUGAGAUACUUGACCUGCCCUGUGGCGAGGUCUAUGAGGUCAGCGCCAUAGCAACCACCACCGUGGGCGACAGUUUUCCCAGCUACAGUAUUCCACUGGAAACAGCACCCUGUUGCCCGGCAACCUUUAACGUUGAACAGGUGACUCAGGCCAUGACCAAUGUCACCUGGUCGAUGGCGAGAGGCACACACACCUACAUGACCUCUCUGACCUCACCGAAAGGCACCGCCCGCUGCCACACCCUGGACACCCACUGCCUGAUGGGAUGCAUCACCUGCGGAACAAACUACACCGUCAGCAUGGAGGCCAUCAGCCGCACUGGACACAUGUCUGAGUGCACCUAUCAUGGCUUCUCAUCCAGUGCUUGUUGUCCAUCGGGCGUGAAGCUGUACAGGAUGGCCAACAACACACUGCGUGUAUACUGGCGUUCCACUGGCGGUCUCCACAACUACACGGCCAAGAUGGUUGGUAGCCAGUCCAACUACACCUGCACCCCUCCCCCCGGGGGCAACACCUGUGAAGUGCCGGAGAUCAUGUGUGGGGACGUCUACAACGUAGUGGUGGCCCCUCUCACCCAGGACGGAGCCAUGGUUCAGUUCUGCCCCCAGAGGAUGUACUCAGUUUCCUGCUCGGGAAGCAAUGUUGGAAUGGUAAUCUAUCGAGGAAAGAGAAGUCUGGACUAGCAGAUGUUCCCAGUCCCGUAGAUAUCAGGAGGAGCAGAAACAAGCUUCUCAUUCCCCCAACAAGUCUUCCUAAUCCCCAAGAGGAAGUGAACCUCUCUACAAAAUAUCCCAGACUAAAUUAUAGUUUAGUUUAAGACCUGUUUUUCGGAUGUGCAAAACAUCUACAGUUACUGAUCUGAACAAAUAUACUGAAUUAAACAACAAAUUCAUCCUGAAUAAGUAGCUUUAUUUUUAUCUAACACUUCUUUUAUUAAGUGAUUGCAUCGUUUUUAAUAAGAAUGAGAAAUUACAUGUU